AUGUCUCUGAAUCCAUCUGACGCAAGGGGCGUCAACUCGACCGCGGGUGAAGAAACUCAGCAACAAUAUGUAACUUUACUACCGGCUCAGAACAAUCAAGUCGAUGAGCAGCAGCAGCAGCAACAGCACGUUGUCUAUUCGGAGCAGACGCCACUGCUUCAUUCGGGACAUGGACAUGUUUCUGCUUCUGCUUCUUCAACAAUGCAACACUGCUCAACUCAGCCAUGGUGGAAGACGGCGCAGCAGGUAUCCUGCGAUGUCUGGCUGCAGGGUAAGGGCAUGAUCUUGGUCAUGUUCGCGCAGUUCUUUGGCGCGUCAAUGAAUGUCAUGACGCAAAUUUUGGAAAUCAAGGGUCGUGAUGGGAAGGGGUUUCAUCCGUUUCAGAUCCUGUUCGCCCGCAUGUCUAUCACUGUUCUCGCUAGUUACCUCUACAUGUGGUACGCGCGAGUACCGCAUCCGUUCGGAACGCGCGAAACCUUUACUCUGCUGAUGCUGCGCGCUGGAGGUGGAUUCUUCGGCGUCUAUGGGCUCUACUACUCCGUUCAGUAUUUGCCGCUCUCCGAGGCAACCGUGGUGACUUUCCUAGCCCCGAUCCUGAGCUGCUAUGCGUGCUCGCUCUUGAUCCCCAACGAGACCUUCACGCGCAAGCAGCAACUUGCCGGACUGGUCUCGCUGGCGGGUGUCGUUCUCAUCGCUCGGCCGUUCCCGUUCAUGCGCUCGGGUGCCGACUCCGAAGAACCGGAGCAAGGCGAUAAGCCCGGUGCCACCGAUAGCUACCACCACGUGCUGGCCAUCGUGGUGGCUGCGGUCGGAGUGCUGGGAGCCUCGUGUGCGUACACCACGAUCCGGAUGAUCGGACAGCGCUGUCACCCGCUCGUCUCCGUGACUUACUUUUCCUCAUUCACGACGGUCGUAGCUACACUGGCGAUGUUGGUCAUGCCCUCGGUUCCGCUGGAGCUGCCGGGAACGCUGUGGGAAUGGACGCUGCUUCUUGGGCUGGGUGUUAGCGGAUUCUUGCUGCAGUUCCUGCUCACGGCAGGUCUGGCGUAUGUGCCGCCGGUGCGGAAGACCAAGCCCAAGACUUCGGUGGACUGGGAUCGGGACUAUGGCACGCGUGACGACGAGGAGGAGGCAUCAGCGAAGCCAACAUCGUCCGGAUCGCGGGCUACUUUCAUGCUGUACACGCAGAUGCUGUUUGCCGUGUUCUACGACCGGGCGAUCUGGGGUAGUACGUUGUCGGCGGUGAGCUGGGCGGGAUCGGCGCUGAUCCUGGUGAGCGCGAUGUAUGUGGCCAUGGCGCGAGAGGGCGCAAAGGGAACCGCAUCCGAGGAGAAGGAGGGAGGAGAUCAAGAGGGCACGGACGAGAACCGGGCUGGAGUGGCUGCAGAAGCGCGUCUGGAGGAGGGCGGGGAAAGACAACAGAGCGGGGGUCGCGCAUGA